UAAUUUUUCCCUAUUCCAAACACUCUUCUUGUUUUCAACGUUAACAUUCCCAUCCCUUCUCCAAAUUAAAUUGCCCCACAGUGCUGGAGAGUUUAUCUCUGCAAUCAUUUCAUUGCUACUUCUGAAACCCGUUUCUUUGGUAAUCACAACAAAUUUCCAAGAGAAAAAAUCAAUGGUUUUCUCAGAUCAGAGUCUCUUUCAUUACGCCCUCCUCACUUUCUUCCUCAUAGGACCCCCAACCUUCAUCUCCCUCAGGUUCCUCCAAGCCCCAUAUGGCAAGCAUAAUCGUCCUGGAUGGGGUCCCACUAUCUUCCCUCCAUUGGCUUGGUUCCUCAUGGAGAGCCCCACUCUCUGGCUUACCCUUCUCCUCUUUCCCAUUGGCCAGCACGCCACAAAUUCCAAAGCACUCAUUCUCAUGUCUCCUUUUCUCAUUCACUAUUUCAAUCGCACAUGCCUCUACCCUCUUCGCCUUUACCUGAGUACCACUCAGCGGAAUAACAAACCAGCUAGUGGAUUUCCGGUGAGUGUGGCCUUAAUGGCUUUUGGGUUUAACUUAUUGAACGCUUACUUGCAAGUGAGGUGGGUGUCUCAUUACAAGGAGAAUUAUCAGAGUGAUGGGUGGUUUUGGUGGAAAUUUUUGGCUGGGGUAUUGGUGUUUUUGUUGGGUAUGUGGAUUAAUGUAUGGUCUGAUGGGGUUUUGGUGGGGUUAAAGAGAGAGGGUGGUGGGUACAAGGUGCCAAGAGGAGGGUGCUUUGAGCUGGUGAGCUGUCCUAACUAUUUUGGGGAGAUUGUGGAGUGGCUUGGGUGGAGUUUGAUGACAUGGUCAUGUGUUGGGUUUGGUUUUUUCCUCUACACAUGUGCUAACUUGAUUCCUAGGGCACUUGCAAACCAUAAGUGGUAUCUUGAUAAGUUUGGAGAAGAUUAUCCCAGGAGUAGAAAAGCUGUUAUCCCUUUCUUGUAUUGAAGCCUUUUCUUUUUAAUUAAUGUUUGAUGUAUGAAUGAUGUGGAAUUGUAAUGGCUGGUAUCUGUUGUUAUUAUGAAUAUGAGAAGAAAUUGAUUUUUGAA